AUGGACUUGACUCCAAAGUCCGAAAGGGCUGGCCCCGCCCCAGUUGAAGAUGGGAAAGUCAUCCGGAAAUUCACUGCCCUCAAACAGUGGCUCAACCGCGAUCCCACGAGCCCCAUGGCGCCACAGACGCCGGCGACACCCAAGAGCCCUGACUCCCCCAAGGCUCCUGAGUCUUCUACUCUCUCGAAGCAUGUCGCCAUCCAAGAUAGCGUUGCGGUGAUCACUGAACAUCUAAGCUCGGUUCAGACCAAGAACUCUACCGACGCCUCCGUGCGCAUCACCGAGAAUCCCACCACGCACCCAAGUGCUACUGGCAUAUCGGAAACGAGUCACCAAGACCAAGACCAAGCCUUCAACUCUUCUAAGGGAGGAGCAAAGAUUUCAGAGGACCCCGACCCAGGCCUUGAGCCGGAAACUCAGGCCAGAGAGUUGAUGAACAUGCUCGAGGACAUGCCAGUCGACUCAGCACAGAGGACGGAUGGCUUCGUUGACAUUGAAGAACAGUCGCAGCGAAGCAGAGCCUCGUGGAACAUCAGCGAUGGCCUCUCUGAUGGUGGUAACCAGGAUAAGCCGCAGCAAUAUACGGUAUCAGACGGAAUCCGGGUGUCGCGAACCUUGCUCUGGCUGCAGUUGACCUCUGAGCCGCCUGCUCUCGUUCACUCAUUGGCAUCAUUGGGUGGCAUCCAUCAUUACAAAAGGGAUAUAGAUACCGAGACCGGUUACUUCCUGCCCGAAAUCGUAUAUCCCGACACUCUCAAGACUCUCCACGAAGGCCCGUCUCGCGAUCAUAGAGACAUCGCUUGGCGGCAGGCCAACAUGACAGCAGAAUUGCAAAUCAACAGAGAGAUCAGAAGCCGAGAGUUGCUCGCAAUGAAGCUCAAGUCACAAAUCAAACCCCAACAUGAGCCUGUAGCCGUCGAACGAGUGGCUCCUCCCAAUGCCGAGUGUGUUGUGCGACCUGCUACGCCCCAGGAUUUCGCGGCCAUAGCGGCCAUCAUCAACAUGGAAAGCAAGACGAAGGGCAUCCCGCAGGUUUUGGAAUGGAAGGAGGUCACAACUGCCGAUGUCCAAAAGAUAUACGACAGCUGCCGAGAUAACCUGCAGCCUUUUGUCGUCGCUACAACUGCAGACGACGCCUUACUCGACCGUUCUAACUGGCCUGACAAUGCCACAAAGGCAUAUCAAAGCUACCUCGCCUUCCGUUCGACUCAAGCAAAGGUGACGCAAGAGGUUUUGGGCUUCGCCUACGUGAUGGAAGCCAGAGUCGGCAUGUUGGGAGGUUCAUGCCCAGGAUCGAGACACACUGGUCAAGUGAAAGUCAUUGUCCAUCCUGACCACCGAGGCAAGCUGUAUGGCUCUGCCUUGCUUGACAGGAUUCUCGUUUGCACUGCGCCGUUCCACCGGAGAGUCCUAGAUUACGACUGGCAGUGCCAGAAUCCUUCCAGCGUAUAUGAAGAGAACCCUUUUUUCAAUCGCCGCAAAUACGCCUGGGUCUAUGUCGAGACAUUCUGCGACGGCAGAGAUGACCCUACACUCAAACAGGCGACCAAGUUCCUCGAGAAGUUUGAGUUCCAGGAGACGUGCUACAUGCGCUGCGCUGUCAAGACAGAUCGAUAUUAUGAGAGCCAAUGGCUUGACCUAGUGCUGUGGGCACGCGAAGCUCAGCCGCGCUCCAACAUUGCGGACCUCUUGCCUGGCUCCCAGAACCUGUGA